AUGUUUCUUUUCUUCUUCAUACUGUAUCUCCGAGCAUCAGCCGCUCUGUUAGUUUCUACACAAAUUCGUGUGUCCACUCGAAACAUCACAUGCCAGAAUGGGUCAUCGGCAGGGAACUUGAUAUUCAAUUGUGAAGCAUGUCUUGUUAUCGCACGUAAUUACGAUAUUCGAACAACGCUCUCUAUCACGGGAGCGGGGCCAACGGGUUUUACUUAUGCAUGCUUGCAAGUAAAUCAAAUCGAAGCUUAUCACGAGAAUCUCGUUCGAGAAUGCAACGAUUUUCCUGUAGGUACUUUGAAUGGCUAUGAUGAUUUCUGUGUUGCUUCUCCCUUCAACAAACUACGCGGUUCGUAUCGGGCAUGUUUAUGUAGCACGAAUGCAUGUAAUUUAAACUAUUCGGAAUGUGUUCAACGUACGAAACCGUACUGGGAUCAAAAGCCGCCAACAUUCAGUAAUAGCAUUAGAUCAUUAACUGAUCGAGUGAAAUGUUAUCGGCCGUAUGAAGAUUAUCGACCACAACCAUAUUCUAGUCUAACAGCGUUGUGCGCAACAAAUGAUUUAGAAUGUAAAAAUUUCCUAUUUGAUCAUGGUGUGGCAUGUGUGAUUAGUGUGGAUCGAACAAAUCAAAUUACACGGCAGACUUUAUCACCGUCAAUUUAUUCGGCACAAUUAAUGAAAUUUAAAAUGACACUUUGCAAAUCUUUUACAUGGACAUCUAAGAGCAUUUAUUUUACUCAAUGUCAAUAUGAUGAAACAAUAUGUAUGUGUGCUGUCGAUGGAUGUGACAUAGAUCUAGAAACAUGUCGAACAAGCAACGCGAUACAUACUUAUAUUGGGCAUUAUUCGUUUUCUUAUUUUCUUUUACUUAUACUAAAUAUUUACUAUUAA